GACCUGUUGGUGGCCAUGCUGGUCAUGCCCUGGAGGGCAGUCACCGAGGUGGCCGGAUUCUGGCCAUUUGGCAGCUUCUGCGACAUCUGGGUGGCAUUUGACAUCAUGUGCUCCACUGCCUCCAUCCUCAACCUGUGCAUUAUCAGCGUGGACCGCUACUGGGCCAUCGCCAGCCCAUUCCGCUAUGAGCGCAAGAUGACCCAGCGAGUGGCUUUCGUCAUGAUCGGGGUGGCCUGGACGUUAUCUGUUCUCAUCUCCUUCAUCCCGGUGCAGCUGAGCUGGCACAAAGCAGACGACAUCCCUCCGGAUCCCGGUUCCACUUUCUCUCCAAACACCACCCAGCCGGAGAACUGCGACUCCAGCCUGAACCGCACGUAUGCCAUCUCCUCGUCCCUCAUCAGCUUCUACAUCCCCGUGGCCAUCAUGAUCGUCACCUACACCCUCAUCUACCGCAUCGCUCAGAGGCAGAUCCGACGCAUCUCCUCGCUGGAGCGGGCGGGAGAGCACGCCCAGAACUGCCAAGGCAGCGACUGCCCCCAUGACGCCAGCCUCAAGAGCUCCUUCAGGAAGGAGACCAAGGUCCUCAAGACUCUCUCCAUCAUCAUGGGCGUCUUUGUCUGCUGUUGGCUGCCCUUCUUCGUCCUCAACUGCAUGGUCCCCUUCUGUGACCCAGCCACCAACGGUCCUGGCCAGCCGCCCUGUGUGAGUGAGACUACCUUCAGCAUCUUCGUGUGGUUCGGCUGGGCCAACUCCACCCUGAACCCCAUCAUCUAUGCCUUCAACGCCGACUUCCGCAGGGCCUUCACCACCAUCCUGGGGUGCAGCCGCCUCUGCUCCAGCAAUGCGGUGGAGACGGUCAACUUCAGCAACGAGCUGGUGUCCUACCACCAAGACACCACCAACCUCCGGGACAUCGUGACCCUCAGCUACCCCCACCUGCUGCCUCACAUAGUCAAGCAGUCCCCCGGGGAGAAGGAGCUCUCCUUCAACAAGGUCUCUCAGAUCUCGCCGGCCUCCACGCGCGGGUACGAGAGCCCCAGCUGUCCCCACACUGUGGUGCACGCUGAGUGCGAGACGGACAUCUCUCUGGACAAGAUUAACCCCUUCACACCCGACGGGCUGGCUUGA